AUGUUGAAGAUAUGUUUACCGCGGUACGUGCCGCUGUACCCGGUGCUCGGCCUGCUGGGUGCGUGCGCGCAUGCUAUCAACAUCGUCUCCGUCUGCAACUCCUCCAUCUACUGCGCUGGAGAUCUACUCCACACGGUACAGUUCGCCAGAAUAUUUCCUGACUCGAAGACAUUCGUCGACCUAAAACUCACACAUACUCAAGAUGUAACUCUCGCCAAUUUUAAAAAUCUUAUGAAGCAAACAAGGAAUAAUCCAAAUCGUGAGCAAGUCUUGGCAUUUGUCGAUGCAAACUUUAUAGAUGGAGAUGAGUUGCUCAACUGGAACCCUCCAGAUUUUGAUCCUCACCCCCCUAUUCUCAAUCAAAUUGUGGACCCCAAGCUGAAGCAGUUUGCUCAAGAUAUUAUCAGCAUUUGGCCAGACCUCGGCCGGAAAGUAUCUCCGGAUGUAAAUAAGAACUCGGAUCAAUACAGUUUUAUUUAUGUGCCCAACGGAUUUAUUGUUCCUGGUGGCAGGUUCAAAGAGUUAUACUAUUGGGACUCGUACUGGAUUAUACGCGGUCUCUUGAUUAGCAAUAUGACUCAAACUGCGAAAGGGAUGAUCGAUAAUUUCUUGUAUCUUGUGGAUAAACUAGGCUAUAUUCCCAAUGGAAGCCGAAUUUAUUAUUUAGGUCGCAGCCAACCACCUCUCUUGUCCCUAAUGGUCCACGACUAUUACACUACAACUGGUGACGUCGCCUGGCUCGAGCAGAUUGUAGAUACAGUAGAGAGAGAGUUGUAUUAUUGGUUGGAAAAGAAGAAAAUGACGGUUAACGUGAACGGUAAACAGUACAGACUUUUGCGUUACAUUUCGGAUGAAGAAGAUAAAGGGCCUCGUCCCGAAUCGUAUUACGAAGAUUAUGCCAACAGUAGAGUAUUGUCGGAAGACAAGCGUGAAGAGUUUUACAAGGAAAUGAAGAGUGCGGCAGAGAGCGGUUGGGAUUUCUCAUCCAGGUGGUUUGUGAAUGCAAAGAAUGUGACUACGGACAACUUGACCGACGUCCACACAUCACGUAUUCUCCCCGUCGAUCUGAAUGCUAUGUUUGCUGGCGCCUUACAAAUUAUGGGAGACCUUAGAUAUCAACUUAAGGAUAGACGUAGUGCUCAAAAAUGGUGGAGUUUGGCGAAAUACUGGAGAGUAGCGAUUGAGAACGUAUUGUGGGACCCGGACGACGGUGUUUGGUAUGAUUAUGAUACCACGGCAAAGUCACGAAAGAAACAAUUUUACGCAAGCUGUGCUACUCCUCUCUGGGCCAAUGCUGUAGAGACGUCGAGUGCGCCUACAUACGCGUCCCACUUAGUUACGUAUUUAGAAUCAAAUAGUGCACUGAGCUUUCCCGGCGGUAUACCGACUUCGUUGUUGCAUACGGGUGAGCAGUGGGACUUUCCUAAUGCUUGGCCGCCUCUUCAGAGUAUCAUGAUUGGUGGUUUAGAAAAGAGUGGCAAUGACGAGGCGAAAGAGUUAGCAAGGGACCAAGUGGCAAUUUGGAUCCGUGCAAAUUAUAUAGGUUAUACUAAGUGGCAGAAGAUGUUUGAGAAAUACAGCUGUGUGCAGCCGGGAGACCACGGGGGCGGCGGCGAGUACUCCGUCCAGUCUGGGUUUGGGUGGACCAAUGGAAUCGUUUUAGAGCUUUUACAGAGAUAUGGGAAGGAAUUGAGGCUAGAUGACGGAGAUGAUGGUCUGCCGACCGUAAGAAUGGUGUAG